AUGAGAUGGGAGGGCGGUGGUGAGAGGGUGUGCCCCUCCCGGAGCCUGAUAAGCAGGGGUGAUACAGUGCUCGUCUUGAAGGCUCCACCCGGGGCCCUUCGAGGAGCGGGGGUCGAAAUUCUGCGCGGGGCGGCGCGCCCUCCCUGCGCGGCCGGUUGUCCUGGAAACGGCCGGCAAGAGGAAGUGGGGGCUGCCCGGGCGCUUCCUCUUCCGGGUCGGCGCCCUGCCGCCCCAUAGGGGAAGCUGCAUGGGCCACCGCUUCCUGCGCGGUUCUCUAUCUCUGUUGCUGCUGCUGCCGCCACCCCGCCGAAGCCCGCAUCUCAGGCGCAGCCUGGAGUCCGUCCCACUCUCCAAACGACCCCGCAGCCACCUCAUGGCCUCGCCCCGAAUCGGGACGCAUAACGGCACUUUCCACUGCGAUGAGGCGCUGGCGUGCGCGUUGCUGCGCCUCCUGCCCGAGUACCGGGAUGCAGAGAUUGUGCGGACCCGGGACCCCGAGAAACUGGCUUCUUGUGACAUCGUGGUAGACGUAGGUGGCGAGUAUGACCCUCAGAGACACCGAUAUGACCAUCACCAGAGGUCUUUCACGGAGACCAUGAGCUCCCUGUCCCCUGGGAAGCCGUGGCAGACCAAGCUGAGCAGUGCGGGACUCAUCUAUCUGCACUUCGGGCACAAGCUGCUGGCCCAGUUGCUGGUUACUAGCGAAGAGGACAGCAUGGUGGGCACCCUCUAUGACAAGAUGUACGAGAACUUCGUGGAGGAGGUGGAUGCGGUGGACAAUGGGAUCUCUCAGUGGGAGGAGGGAGAGCCUCGGUACGCGCUGACCACUACGCUGAGCGCCCGGGUUGCUCGGCUUAAUCCCACCUGGAACCAGCCCAACCAAGACACUGAGGCCGGGUUCAAGCGUGCAAUGGACCUGGUUCGAGAGGAGUUCCUGCAGAGACUAGACUUCUACCAGCACAGCUGGCUGCCAGCCCGGGCCCUGGUGGAAGAGGCCCUGGCCCAGCGGUUCCAGGUGGACCCAAGUGGGGAGAUAAUAGAACUGGUGAAGGGUGGAUGCCCCUGGAAGGAGCACCUCUACCACCUGGAAUCGGGGCUGUCCUCCCCGGGGACCAUCGCCUUUGUUAUCUACACGGACCAGGCUGGACAGUGGCGGGUACAGUGUGUGCCUAAGGAGCCCCAUUCAUUCCAGAGCAGGCUGCCCCUGCCAGAGCCAUGGCGGGGUCUUCGGGAUGAGGCCCUGGACCAGAUCAGUGGGAUUCCUGGCUGUGUCUUUGUCCACGCCAGUGGCUUCAUUGGUGGGCACCAUACCCGAGAGGGUGCCCUGAGCAUGGCCCGUGCCACCUUGGCCCAGCGCCCAGCACCUAUGCCUCCCACAAAUUCCUUAGUCCAAUAAAAUCUCUUCUGUCUCAUACUGA